CCCGUUCCCUCAUACACCAGUACGAUGCAACCCCCUCUCCGAAUCGCCGUCCUGGAAUGCGACACACCACUCCCCACCAUCAACGACCGCUACAACAAUGAAGGCUACUACGGCAUCUUCAAGACGCUUCUCAAAUCCAGCGCCGAGAAGCUAGGCGAUCCACGCUUAGACCCAGAGACCGGGCUCCAGAUCACAAAAUGGGACGUCGUCGACGCGCAAGAAUACCCGAAGUUGGAGGAUAUCGACGCUGUGCUCCUUACAGGGUCCAAAUACAAUUCAUUUGAAGAUUCCGCGUGGAUCAAACGUCUAGUGGAGUUCACGCAGCAAGUACUAUCGCAGAGCCGGGUGCGAAUUCUCGGAAUCUGCUUCGGACACCAGAUCGUGGGCCGUGCGCUAGGUGCGAAGGUUGGACGAAGUGAACAGGGGUGGGAGCUUGCUGUUUGUGACAUGGAUCUGACGGAGAAAGGGAAGGAGCUGUUCGGGCUGGAGAAGAUCCGUAUUCAACAAAUGCACCAAGAUGUUGUGUAUGACUGCCCAUCGGGUGUCAUUUUGCUUGGAUAUUCUCCGAGAUGUGCUAUACAGGGCAUGUAUGUGCCUCAGCGCUUUGUCACUGUUCAAGGACACCCUGAAUUCACAGGCGAGAUUGAAGACGUGAUAAUACAGAGUCGGGCAAAGGCUGGUGUCUUCAGCGAGGACCAAGCGCAGGAGGCCCUGAGAAGAACAGGUAACGAACAUGAUGGUGUUUCCAUCGGAGCGGCAUUCCUUAAAUUCCUACUGGAAGAAGCCAAUGAAGAUUCAUGCUGA